GGAAAGUUACAGUUAAAGCGCCAUAAGGGAGAAAUACCUAAAUGGAAUUCUUCACGGGAUUUAGCCUUCUGCUGAGUAAUAGCCUCAUUUCAUUUUCCAGUUGUUGUAUAUUCAAGCUCCAAACCCUGUGGUCAUGGGGAAAAAAACUGCUAGAUUCCACUUACUGUUCUAUACUGUCUCUUUCUUUUCUUUUUCUUUUUUAUUUUUUUAAAGAUUUUAUUUAUUUAUUUAACAGAGAGAGAAAGCAGGUGGAGCGGCAGGCAGAGGGAGAAGCAGGCUCCCCGCAGAGUGGGGAGCCCUAUGCACGACUCGAUCCCAGGACGCCGGGAUCACCAAAGGCAGACGAUCAACUGACUGAGCCACCCAGGCCAGCAUAAUAUAUUCUGUCCCAGAAAUCCAUCUGCAAGAAUUCUCGUAAGGAAGGGGUUCAUUUUUUUGACUGAUUAACGGAACCUCGGGGGACACACACAAGUCUGAUUCUGAGCAGUUUACAGCACUAGGGAUCUGAACAGCCCGAAACCAGGAUGAGCAGCAGGAGCGAACUGGGCACAUGGUUGCAAACCAAGAGCUUGGAAAAGAGGGCGUGCUCUUCAGAGAAACUGUAGAUGUCACAGGCUUCAAGAGGAAGGCAUCAGAGUCACAGCCAGUGGACAUGUCCCACGAUGAAUUUUGGACUAUACACCAGGGGCUGCAGGAACAACUGAGCUGGAAUUCUCGUAAGGAAACUGAGCCUGUAUGUGAGACAGCUAUGCCUGUUCACCAGAUCCUAGCCUUUUCUGAGAAAACAAAUACCAAAGACUGGACAAUGGCACCUGAGCUCCUCUUGCCUAAGUCCCAGAGCUUGUUGACAUUUGAAGAAGUGGCCAUGUAUUUUUCCCAGGAAGAAUGGGAAUUACUGGAUCCCACUCAGAAGGCUCUCUACAAUGAUGUAAUGCGGGAAAACUAUGAGACUAUCAUCUCUCUAGCUGUGCCUGUUCACCAGAUCCUAGCCUUUUCUGAGAAGACAAACACCAAAGACUGGACAGUGGCACCUGAGUUCGUCUUGCCUGAGUCCCAGAGCUUGUUGACAUUUGAGGAAGUGGCCAUGUAUUUUUCCCAGGAAGAAUGGGAGUUACUGGAUCCCACUCAGGAGGCCCUCUACAAUGAUGUAAUGCGGGAAAACUGUGAGACUGUCAUCUCUCUAGCAUUAUUUGUGCUCCCCAAACCUAAAGUGAUCUCCUAUCUAGAGCAAGGGGAAGAGCCAUGGAUUCAAGGGCCCUUGGAGUUCAAGAACAGCCCUGGAGGGCUGCCUACAGGGUUAAAGGUCAAAACUGACACUGAAAACCAUCAGCCUGUGUGUCUUUCUGACUUAGAAAUACAAGCACCAGGAGACAUAGUAUCAAAAAAGACCCGAGUGAAAGUUCCCCAGAAAACAACAGGCAAAGAAAAUCAUGGUGAAUCACACAGGACGGGGAAGUGGCAUCAAGAGUUUCCAGUUAAUCAAACAAAGGAACUUUCAAUCUGGGAAGAAGAGCUGCAGAGACUUAUGGAUCUUCACAAGAAAGCUCGUGCAGUAGAGAAGCCUUUUACAUGCCAGGAGUGCAGGAAAAACUUCAGACUUACCUCUGAUCUUACUAAACACAAAAAAAUUCACACAGAAGUGAAGCCGUAUAAGUGUCAACAUUGUGGUAAGAGCUUUAGAGGGAAAUCAGAUCUUAAUAAGCACAUAACAAUACACCAAGGAAUAAAACCCUAUAAAUGCUCCUGGUGUGGGAAAAGCUUCAGUCAAAAUUCAAAUCUCCGUACACACCAAAGAACUCACACUGGAGAGAAACCCUUUAUGUGUUAUGUAUGUGGAAAGAAAUUCAGUCAGAAUUCCCACCUUAGUAAACACCGGAGAACCCACAUGUAGCAUAGGCAUGAGAAACUUUAGCAGGCAGUCCAGCCUUCUUAAAAACAGAAACGCCACCACUGAACAGAAGCCUAUCCAGUGUCCUGAGUCUGAAGAAAUUCACCAAGUAGAGCUUAACCCUCACGUUUAUGAAAAAUACAAAAUUAUGAAGCAUGAAUAAUUCAUCAAUGGAAAAUUUGGGGAUAUAAACAUGUUUCUCAGAAAGGAAUCAAGGUUGACUCUGCAGAGGGUGCAUUAGUUCUGAACUAAUUACAAUAUUACUAAUAAAACUUCAGGGAAUUCCUAACAAGAAAGGUGUUCAAAGAACAUUCUGAGUAGAGAAUAUACUAUUUCAUGAUUAUGCUUGGCAAUUAGCAAAUUCAGCUUCAAAUAGCAAAUACAUCCAUGAAUUAAUCAGUCUUCUGUGAUCAUCAUGUUGUUGGUUUUACAUUGAUCUUCCAGCCACUUUAAACAUGAUCGAAACAUUUGUAGCAUGGUCUUCCAAAACAAGAAAGAAUAAUCUGCAUGUUUAAUUGGAUACCAUUGCCUUCAGGAUAGCAGGCUUACCAAUUUCAAGAGCCCUGUGACACAAAAAUGAGGUCUGUUAAGUUUUCCAAGAACCAAAUUGGAUUUUCUUCCUCUCCUUUGUCAUUGGACACUGUUCCCCAAGUUGGAUAUCAUUUGAGUUCAUUCUUGAACAUUUUAGCUCUUGAUUCCUUUUAGCACCAUUUUUACUGUGAUGAAAUGCUGUUUACUUCACCAUUAGAGAAUCUGCAAGAAGUAACUGUAGUAACUUACACCUCUCAUUGGUGGUGUUCGAUAGAGGAAAACAUCAAGAUCAUAUGGAAACGGGUUGGAAUUUUUAGCCAUGGAUUAUGUAUUACAUGUAAAGAAGAUUGUCUGCAAUAAAAGAAACGACAUUUUCUCCCCUCAGUGUCAACCAUAAAUAUUAGCACUUUCCUGGGACCUAAACGGAUAUUUAUGGAAGUUCAAGAUCAAAUCAGGUUUUUGUUUGCUGGCUUUUUAAUUUGGCUUUCGUUUAUAAGAACAAAGAGGGUUGUUUCAAAACUGGAGUGUGUGCUGCAGGCAGGAUGUGGUUCACUGGGUGUGGCAGAAGAUUGGGUUCCCAAGAGGAAAGGUUUGGGAACUGAUGUUGACUGGUGGACAAGGAUGGGUGAAUCUGCAUUCAUGUUGGUUGUGUUACACUGCAAACUAUUAUUAAGCAGGCAGGGUCUGCCUAUCUCUGUUUUGUACGCAGCAUUUAACAACAACCUUAGCUGAUAAAUGAUAUAGAUGGCUGAACAUCUCUCCAGGCUGUGGAUCUUCUUAGAACUCCUACCUACAGCAGGGACAUGUGUUCCUGUUAGAGCUUUUAGGUUGUAUCAAGAAGGGGGUCGAAGGGGGUUAAAUGAUUUCUCCCAAAUACCUUAUAAACAAUGAAGUUAAGGCUCAGAUACGGGACUUGUUCAAGACCCUAUUGCUAGUGGGUCCGGUCCGUUGGCUGCCAGCUAGCUGCAUCAGGGAGGUCUGAAGGCAGGGUUAGCAGGAUGUGUACGUUAUCCCUGCAGGACCAGGCUGAAUGACAUUGUGUUGUAUCUACUUCUAACUUAAAAACGUUCUUGUGGCUUGAUGGGUUCCCAAAACACUUAGGUCUCCAUGUGUUCUGUGAAAGAGAGAAAACUAUUUUAACUCACGGUUAUUCUAGGGACUAGAGGGAUUGGUGAAUGAAAAGCACCUCACAGCCUGGCCAGUGGUAGAUGCUCAGUCAGUGUGCAUUUGCUUCCCUUUCCCCUGUUCCCCAGUGAUGUGCUGGGCAGACUGACUGCAGUAAGGAAGCAGUUGUGUUUAUGGCUAUUUUCAGCUCCUUUCAGGAGUUGUGCACUGCUGGUGGUGAUGUUGCUCAGUUGAUUUGGUCCUUGGCCUCAGUACUUUAUGGUGUAAGUCACCUGAGCUGUGGAUCUGGUGCUUUCAGCAGGAUUUUGUUUUCCUCCCCAAGAUGAACAAUACCAAGUAUUACUUCUUAGGCAGAGCCAACUUUAAAAGCUUUCGUCUGCAUAGCUUUUACCCAUCACCCUCAUCCUUAGGCUUCGGGUACUCUGUCUCAUCCCAGGAUACAUGCGGACAACUUCCUGGUGCUACAUUCAUUCAAUUUCAUGGGGGCCUCUUACGUGCCCAGGAGCUGUUUCGUCUAGACUGAGAAUAUAGUGGUGAAUAAAAGAGCUAAAGAUAGACCCUCACAGGACUUACAGUCUAGUGAAGAGUAUAAAGAAGACUGGUUAUAGUUUUCUGCUUGCAGUUUAGGGUCUCAUGAGAUAGUUGAAGGUAAUGGGUUGUGAGCAGAAGCCCCACUUCUGGGCUGAAGCCUUUGUUUGUGCAGGACUCUGUGGUGUCCUUCCUGCCUCAGUCAUGAAAGUCCGCAGAAACUGGGGCCACAAGGUCAAAGUAGUCUGGAAUGCUGAGCCCUCCUCCCCACCUCCCCCCUCCAUGGAGAGCAGUUGUCCUGGAAAGUCCCCCAAACCUGUGAUGGACUUUAUGGGAAUGAGAAAUAAACUUCUGUUAAACUAUUGA